AUGCUGGCAGAUCCGCAGGGUUUGGCAUCCGAGGGGGCCGUCAGCGAGCGGGAUGCUGAACUGCUGCACGAAUUCGUUCAUCCUCAUCACCAUGAGGUCGAGGAAACGGUUAUCGGAGGACUAUCCGACAACGCGGACCUCGAUGAAGAGCUCAAGGCAAGGGCUCUCUUACCAUGGUGGAAAAGACCCUCGCCCGUCUGGCUCUUGGCCUUGAUGCCAAUCUCCAGUAUCGCUUGGUCUAGCACCGUUGCUCCUAGGGUUGAGAUCUACACCAAGCUCGCAUGCGCCGUACAUGUCCCCGAUGUAUACGACGAUCAGUUGGCGGGACUCAUCAUCACCAACGCCACUCCCUUGGAGGCGCAUCUCCAUGUCAGGCAACACCGCCCCCUUAUUACUGUAUUCUUCCGCGAUAUGCCAGAACUAGCGAAGAAUGCUAACAGCGAUAGGUGCGCUUCUGACCCCGUCGUCCAGGCGAAUGUUGCAAAACUCGCAGCGGCCAUGGCUGUCACUAUGGGCGUGCUGGGAUGCCUGACCACAGCGGUAUGGGGUUCUUACUCAGAUCGUCACGGCCGUACAGCUGUCCUCGGAAUCUCAGUCAUCGGCCUUCUUAGCACAGACUUCAACUUUCUUGUCGUCAAUACCUACUAUGAAAGGCUUCCCGGAGGGUAUUGGUUCCUCCUUCUUGGACCAAUAGUCGAAGGGUGUUUAGGAGGAACAUCCACGGCCAUCGCGAGCAUGCACGCUUAUAUGGCGGACACCUCCACCUCAGCCACGCGAUCCCGCGUCUUCUCUUUAAGCCUUGGUCUCUUGUUCUUUGGAUUCGGACUUGGUCCCACUCUUGGCAGCCUUUUGAUCCGCGUUACGGGGGAGACCAUCUCGGUCUUUUACGUUGCUACCUUUGUUCAUCUUCUCUAUGCCCUCUGGUUGUGGUUCAUCGUCCCCGAAUCUCUUACCCAGGCGCAGAAACGGACAUCGACGAUCAAACACCACGAGUCCGAUCCGCAGGCGGGUGUACUUAAGCGUCUCUUUGGAUUCUUGAGUCCCUUGAGCGUCUUCCUGCCGGAAAUGAAUGGACCAGAAAGACAUCAUCUGAAGCGUCGAAAACGCGACUGGAAUCUAACAAUCAUUGCUGUCGCGUAUGGACUCACGCUCUCGUUGAUAGGAUCCUACACGUAUAAGUUCCAAUACGCUGCUGCCGUAUUUGGUUGGACAUCAGAAAAUAUCGGAUAUUGGCUCAGUUUAGUCGGUGCUGCGCGCGCUUUCUUCUUGACUUUGAUACUUCCUUUUGCGAUCAAAUUGUGCAAACCGAAACCUAAAGAUAUGUCUAUGGGGGAGAGAGAGCCGUUCAUACCCUCCGAUAGCAAUGAUUCAGAGUCUUCUCACACUGAUUCGGACCGUUCAUCGAGCUUCCAUCUUGAACGCCACUCAUCUCGCUUUGACUUGGGACUUGCUCGCGUAUCGUUGUUCAUCGACAUCCUAUCUUACGCAUUGCUUGGAUUUACCACGAGUCCUUUCGUUUUCACACUCUCAAGCAUACUCGGGUCAAUGGCUACUGGAUUUUCGCCCGCUGUCCAAAGUGUUGCAUUGGAACUCUAUACGCAACGAGGAGGCACUGAAUCGGGGAGAUUGUUCGGCGCUUUGAGUGUCAUACAGGCCCUUAGUUCCCAGAUAUUAGGUCCUUCACUAUAUGCAUUUGUGUACAUCAAAACUGUCGCGACGUUUCCGAGGACAAUGUUCUUUGUUGGUGUCGGGUCGGUGUGUAUCUCCUUGGCCUGCUUGGCGCUCGUUCGUCUGCCUGAUCCAGAAAAACAUCCCCAUAUGUUGGAUGCGGAAGAAGAAGUUGCCGUGGAUGGGGGGUUCUUCUCGCUUAUAGGAAUUGUUUAUGGUCUGUUGGGUGACACACAGUCCGCGUAUGACCGGACGGAAUAUCUCGCGGCCAAACGCUAUCCGUACCGGACUCGUGGCCAGGGCAGGACACGUUCAUAUGCCUCAUGGAUAGCCUGUGUGCCACCUGCAGUCGAGCACGUUAUCGCGUGGUCCAAGGCCGUCUGCGCUUUGCACUGGCCUUAG